CCAGAGCACGCAAUUGCUUUGAAGAGAAAACUUUGCCCAAAGAAGCCUCAACACUGAUUAGAGAAGAAAAGGACUGCAAAGAUCAAUAACGAGACUGAUACACGAGUGUAAACCAUAAUCGAAAAAGAAUAUCAUCAUGGCAACCAACAUCCACUACCACCCCACUCCCCUGACUCCCAGCAUCCGCGCCGGCCUCCGCAAACAAUCCGGCCUGACGAUCUGGCUCACGGGUCUGAGUGCGAGCGGUAAAUCUACGAUCGCCGUCGCCCUCGAACAGGCCCUGCUCCGAAGACCCUACAACAAGGCCGCCUACCGGCUGGACGGGGACAACAUCCGGUUCGGGCUCAACAAGGAUCUCGGCUUCUCGCCCAAGGACCGCGAGGAGAACAUCCGCCGCAUCGCCGAGGUGGCCAAGCUGUUCGCCGACUCGUGCACCAUCGCCAUCACGAGCUUCAUCAGCCCUUACCGAGGCGACCGUGACCUGGCGCGCCAGCUGCACGAGGCCGAGCGUCCCGGCGGCGAGGCAGGCGUUCCUUUUGUGGAAGUCUGGAUCGACGUCCCGGUCGAGGUCGCCGAGCAACGUGACCCCAAGGGCCUCUACAAAAAGGCCAGGGAAGGAAAGAUCCCAGAGUUCACGGGUAUCAGUGCCCCUUACGAAGAACCACUCAAGCCCGAGAUCCACAUCCGUUCGGACAAGACGAGUGUCGAGGAUGCCGUGAAGAUCAUCGUCGGCUAUCUCGAGGAGAAGGGUUAUUUGAGUGCUCCUACCGAGGUGGACGAUGAGGCAUGAAGAGGACUGCCUCCUCUCAGGAACGAACGCACUGACGAGAUGGUGUUAUGAAAUUGGGAUCGUCGGGAUAUAUGGAUACAUGAAUUAUCAAUCACGUGUCUGUCGCAACGAGGGAGGGACAGGAUAUGAUGCGGUUAAGUUGGGAUGGGAUGAUAUGUGAUGGAACAGGUACACGUCGCUAUGCGACCAAGGACAAUAUAACGAAUAGAGAUAUGAGUAAGGGGUAGACGAGAAACAAAAGUCUGGAUAUUGGAUAGACGGGAUAUAUUUGGGGUCACACAGAGAUUGACAAUACGAGAUUGGUCACCAGUGGAUUCAUCAUCACGACACUUGAUCGUCGUUUUAAUUCCUCAACAUACCUAGUAUAUCCAAUCACGGGGAACGAAGACGAGAACAAAUCUGAAGUCCCAGUAUUCCCAAG